AUGGAAAGUGAGAUUGAUGACAAAGUAACAAGCAGCGCAGAUAAGGAGAAUCUUAUACAACGACUUGUGGAUAUUCUGAAUCAGCAAGCCGAGUGUGUUAAUAAAAAGCUGGAUGAGGAUGUAGACCUGAAACGGAGCCUGAGUCGGAUGUCAUAUCACAGCUUCUCAAGGUUGGCAGAUGUGUUUACCAGCCAGGUAGAAACCAGUUUGGAAUCGCAGGGGUCCACCACUCCAGAACUGGCAAAAAUUGCACUGACAAUGGAACUGACGAGGAAGGUUGCUGGAAUCAAUAGCCAUGCUGUCCAGACGUUGAUGGGUUAUAGCAUGCAGUACAUGGACAUGUUUGUGCCUUGGCUGCAGCAGAAUGGAGGCUGGGAAAAUGUUGUGCAAGGUGAUGUGGUCGAGUUCCAGAUUGAUUGAUUUUUUUUUUUUUCUGAAGCAUAUGAAAGCCUGUUCUGUGGAAAAUUCGAAUGGAAAAAGAUGACUUAAAAUGGAAGUUAUUUCUACUAGAACUGGUACUGCACUGUGUCUACAAAGCAAUGUUUUACACCACUUGCGACACUACAGAUGGACAAUACUGAAUAGCUUUAAUCAAGCAUUUUUUAACAGCAAUUCGGUUUCCUAUUUAUUUGUACAUACCUCUGGGGGAAAAAGCGUAUUUGUGUUCACUUGAGGCCAGUAAUGUGAAUAUUUCCACAUGUGGAAAGAGCUUUUGUGGAACAAACUAACAAUCUUUGAUAUACAG